AUGCAGCAGGCCCGGCCGGCGGCGGCGGGGCAGGCGGGCCUGCCGCUGGGCAUGCCGUUCCAGCUCAUCCAAAACAUCAACACCCUCAGCGAGCUCAGCGGCAUCCCCGUGCAUGUGCUGGGCAACCCCGGCAUGCAGCUGGCGGCGCAGCAGCUCGUGGCUCAGCGCCUGAUGCAGCAGCAGCUGCUUGCGGGGCAGCUGCGCCCCGUCAUGCCGGCCCAGAUGCUGGCGAUGCAGCAGGCCCAGCUGCAGCAGCGCAUGGGCGGCGGCGGCAGCGGCGGCGGCAAGAAGGGCGGCGGCGGCAAGAAGCGGGGGCGCGGCGCGGCCGCGGCGCACGCCGCGCCGCCGCCCAUGCCGGCGUAUACCGCCCCUCUGCAGCCGCCGCGCCCCGCCAACCCUUACGCCGACCCCGGCGGUAAGGCCGCGGGCCGCCGCUGCCACACUUCGGGGCUGUUCUUCGGCACCUUUGAGUUCCAGUGGAUUGGCAGCAAGCGGCAGCUGACGGACUGGGAGGAGGGCCUGGAGCAGUUCAGCCGCGAGUGCGACCAGCCGGAGUUCAAGGCCGCCAUCGCCGAGGUGGAGCGGUACAGGGCGGGAGGGCGGCUUCCCGACGUGUUCUACGCCACCCCCGAGCCAGAGAAGCCCCGGGCCAAGGCGCGCGGCAAGAAGCGGCAGGCCCGCGGCUCGGAGGGCGCCGAGGCGGCGGCGGCGGCGCUCGUAGGGCACACCAAGGCGCGCGCGGCUGGGCGGGCGGCGGAGCCUCAGGAGGACCGCUCGGCGGUGGUGCAGCGGCGCAAGAAGCAGCGGCUGCAGGAGCUGGGCCUCCUGCCGCCAGAUGACAGCCCGUUCACCGGCGGCCGCCUGGCGCCCAACCCCAACCUCCUGCUGCUGAAGCCUGAAUGGGAGCAGCAGUACGCCUCGGUCAUCGCGGAGCACAAGCAGCAGCGGGCGGCGCUUGCGGAGCGGCGGCGGGCGCUGGCUGACGCCCGGGCCAAGGCGGCGGCAGAGGCCAAGGCGGUGGCCGAGGCCGCCGCGGCCGCCUCGGUGGCGGCGCCUGUGCCCGCGCCCGCCGGCGCGGUGCCGGCGGCGGCGCUGGCGGGCCUGCCGGGCCAGCUGGCGGCGCAGCAGGGCCAGCAGGGCGUGGCGGCGCAGAUGCAGAUGGCCUUCAUGCAGCAGCUGAUGAGCAUGCAGGGCACGGGCGGUGCACUGCCCAUGGUAGAGGAGUUGCAGCAGGCAGGUGCCGCGGAGCAGCCAGCCAAGAAGAAGCGGCGCCCCGCCGACAAGCCGGCAGAAGCGUUGGAGCCGUCCCGCAGGUCGAAGCGGACUGAGGGGAAGGAGCGGCCCUGCUAUGUGUUUGAGCAGGAGCGGGGGAGCGGCGGCAGCCGGCCCCCACGCGACGGCCCGCUCGUCAAGGAGGGGGAGUGCGAGGAGGUGUAUGGGGCAGCCCAUGUGCUGGCCUUGGGAUCCACGGACAAGGAGUGGGAGAUGUUUACGGAUGGGUACAACAGUGGCGGGGAGCGCAUCUACGACUCCGACAAGGGCCUCUCCUGCCACCAGUGCCGCCAGAAGACGCUGGGGCAGCGCACCUCCUGCUCGCGCUGCAAGUCGGGCGUGGUGCGUGCGGGGCACACCAGGCUCCAGGGAGCCUGGCUGGCAGCGCUGGAGAGCCUGGCAAUAUGCAGCUUGGCAGCAAACUAUUCCCGUCUCUUCCGCAUCGUGGCGCAGGGCGUGCUGUGCGGCGACUGCCUGUUUGCUCGGUAUGGGGAGCAUGUGGAGGAGGCCGCUGCCAACAAGGCGUGGGUGUGCCCCUGCUGCCGCGACCUGUGCAACUGCUCCCGCCACCGCAAGCUGCGCAAGUGGGAAGCCACGGGGCAGCUGCACCGCAGCGUCAAGUCGCGGGGCUACCUGUCGGUUGCUCACUACCUCGUUCUGAACAAGGCUGGGGGCCUGGAGGGGAAGCGCGCCGCCCUGGCCUCCGGCUUCUGCCCGCCGGAGCUGGCAGAGAAGCUGGAGCGGGAGAUUCGGGAGCUAGAGGCGGCGGCAGCCGCAGUACCCCCCGCAUCGGAUCAGCGGCAGGCGCAGGAGGAGGAGGCGCUCGCUGUCGAGACGCAGGAGCAGGCGCAGGAGGGUGCCAAGGCGGGCACGGGCAAGCGGCGCAAGCCUGCCGGCGGCGCCACGGCGGGCGCCAAGCCCAAGACGGCAGCUGCCGGCGGCAAGAAGCAGAAGCAUGCGGCGGCAGAGGCAGCUGCGCCGGGCGGCAAGAAGCAGAUGGAAGGGAGCAAGAAGAAGGAGGCAGGCGGCGGCAAGAAGCGCGGCAGGCCGGCCAAGGCGCAGCCAGCCGCCUCGCCUGCGGGAUCGCCUGCGGCGGCCGCCGGGGUGCUGCAGACCAGCAGCGGCGGUGCCGCCAUGGCGCCGACAGAUGCAGGCGCUGCGCCAGCUGCUGAGGUGGCGGCGGUGGACGCGGCCGUGGCGGCGGUGGUGGCAGCAGCCGCUGAGGGCAAGGCCAAUAAGGGGCAGAAGGGGUCGGCGGGGCUGCCGGGGGCUGCCACCCUGGAGGAAGUGGUGCUGGCGGCGCCGGCAAGGCGGCGGCAUGUUCAAGGAUUACAUCUGGCGGCGGCAGACAGGAAGCGGAUGGGUACAGGAUGA